CCUCUCUGUUCGCCAGUAACAUUGGCAGUGGGCAUUUCGUGGGCCUGGCAGGAACUGGAGCUGCAGCCGGAAUCGCCAUCGGAGGAUUUGAGUGGAAUGCUCUUGUUAUGGUGCUCAUUCUGGGAUGGAUCUUCGUUCCUAUCUACAUCAAGGCCGGGGUGGUCACCAUGCCCGAGUAUCUGAAGAAACGUUUUGGUGGUCAGAGGAUCAGGAUCUACCUCUCCGUGCUCUCGCUGCUCCUCUACAUCUUCACCAAGAUUUCGGCGGACAUGUUCUCCGGAGCCAUCUUCAUUAACCAGGCUCUGAAAAUGAACAUCUACCUGGCGGUGGUGAUGUUGUUGCUGAUCACGGCGCUGUACACGGUUACAGGGGGUCUCGCUGCAGUUAUUUACACAGACACUCUGCAGACCAUCAUCAUGGUCGUGGGAUCAUUUAUACUGAUGGGAUUUGCGUUUGAUAAGGUGGGAGGUUACGAUAACCUGCAGGAACUUUAUAUGAACGCCAUCCCGUCUAACACAGGGGUGAACAUCAGUUCGGAGUGUUACACCCCUCGCCCCGACUCCUUCCACAUCUUCAGAGAUCCUAUCAGUGGAGACAUGCCGUGGCCCGGACUCAUCUUUGGCCUCACCAUCCAGGCGGCCUGGUACUGGUGUACAGAUCAGGUGAUUGUCCAGCGCUGUCUCUCGGCUAAGAACAUGUCUCACGUUAAGGCCGGUUGUAUUCUGUGUGGUUACCUGAAGCUUCUGCCCAUGUUCCUCAUGGUGUUCCCGGGCAUGAUCAGCAGGGUUCUCUACCCAGACGAGGUGGCGUGUGUGGUACCGGAGCUGUGUAAGGAGUACUGCGAUACUGAAGUGGGCUGCACAAACAUCGCCUACCCCAAACUGGUGGUAGAUCUCAUGCCUGAUGGUCUCAGAGGUCUGAUGCUGUCGGUCAUGUUGGCGUCCCUGAUGAGUUCGCUCACCUCUAUCUUCAACAGCUCCAGCACGCUCUUCACCAUGGACAUCUACGCCAAGGUCCGGCACAGAGCUUCAGAGAAAGAGCUCAUGAUCGCUGGCAGGCUCUUCAUUCUGGUCCUGAUCGGUAUCAGCAUCGCGUGGAUUCCCAUCAUCCAGACGGCUCAGAGCGGCCAGCUCUUCGACUACAUCCAGUCCAUAACGAGCUACCUCGCUCCGCCCAUCGCUGCCGUCUUCACCCUCGCCAUCUUCUGCAAGAGGGUCAACGAACCGGGCGCGUUUUACGGCAUGUUGAUCGGACUGGCGAUCGGACUGGCCAGGAUGCUGGCCGAGUUCGGAUACGGGACGGGAAGCUGCGCCAAUCCCAGCGACUGCCCGACCAUCAUCUGCGGCGUGCACUACCUCUACUUCGGCCUCAUCCUGUUCGCCAUCUCCUGUGUGCUGGUGCUGGUCAUCUCGCUCGCCACCAAACCCAUCGACGACAAGCACUUGUACAGGCUGUGCUGGAGUUUGAGGAACAGUAAGGAGGAAAGGGUUGACCUGGACGCUGAUGAAUGGACCGAGGAGCAGAACGACGACACUCUGGAUGUAGAUGAACCCGAGUCGGAUCCCAGCUGCUGGAAAAAAGCCUACAACUGGUUCUGUGGGUUCGAGCAGAAAAAAGCUCCACAGCUUACCAAGGAGGAGCAGGCCGAGCUGCAGAAACAGCUGACCGACACGACGGAGAGGCCGCUCUGGAGAAACGUGGUGAACGCCAACGCCAUCGUCCUCCUGUGCGUCUGCGUCUUCUUCCACGGCUUCUUCGGAUGAGGACGCCGCGCCGUCUCUCAGGUGGACGCAGGGACGUAUCGGAACUCUUUACGGUGGAUACGGAUGAGGGAUUAUUUUUACACUGUCGGAAGUAUAAAGGACGUGAAUAUUUUUUUUCCCCAUCCAGCACUUGAAUUGUUUUUAAUAACCGAGCAAGAACUGCAAGUUUAAACCAAGUAAAUAAUGAAAAUAAUAUUAUUUAAAUAAAUUAUUGUGUAUUUCCAGUCUGAGCUGCAUGGUUUAAGCAGAAUGUAUUUAAU